AUUACAAUGUGAUUUCAUUGGUCAUUAUGUGUUUUAUUCAGUUCAAAAUUGAAAUUGGUAUCUUAGAAAUUAAUAUCCUAAGGUACCUCAAGACUUUCCCACAAGACGGCCUUUGCCGGACAGGGUCUAUCUAUAUUCGUGGAGUGCUCUUUCCUUGUCAAUUCAAUUCAAGGGCUUUAUUGGCAUGGGAAACAUGUGUUAACAUUGCCAUAGCAAGUGAGGUAGACAACAUACAAAGUUAACUCGAUAGGUAAAUUGUCUCCUAGUGCUCUCUUUCCUUGUCUCCUGCGCUAAAGUGAACGGGAAAACUAGAUAGGAAAUAUCUACUCCCAAACAGCAUAUACUCCCAACGCGUUGUUGUUUUCGCCCAUCCUGUAUUUAACACAUCAGUACUUGUGAAGGUGAGGAGACGAGGAGAAGAAACUAGUCUAGAGUUAGAGACUAUUGAGACGCCCUCUGCCACGGUCAAGUUCAGGUGAGCUGACGGUAGGUUCUGCGUUCAGUUCGGGUUUUCUACGGUUAGGUGUGUUUUUAAAGAGGGCUGUUGAAAAUAUGACAGAAAACGCUGCGACGUGAUCAACAGUGUAUUUUAAAAAUAGUUUUUUUAACUGCUUUGUAGUACAGAAAAAAAAGGUGUAUUUUAAAUUGUAGAGAGAAUUUUAAAAAAAAAACAUCGGACAUUCUUAAACUCUUACAUUAAGUUAUUUCGUCAUGGACGAGGCAAUGGCGAUUAUUUUGAUAUCCAUUGUGAUGUUUUUGGGAUGUUUUCUAUUAGGUUUGAUUCCACUUUUGAUCAAACUUUCUGAGAAAAGGCUGCAGUUUGUCAGUAUUUUUGGGGCAGGCCUGCUCUGUGGUACUGCUCUAGCUAUCAUCCUCCCAGAGGGGGUGGAACUACUGGAAGAGUCAUGGAGAGUGUCCUCCUGCUCUGUGGCCCCAGUAGCAGCCAAUAAGAAUGCCAGUGACGGUGGGGUCGGAGGUCAGCUCCAGGAGAUGGGCCCCUCUAAAGGUCUCCCAGCACGGUUCUUCAUCGGGGUCUCCCUGGUUCUAGGGUUCAUCCUCAUGUUCCUGGUGGAUCAGAUCAGUAGCUACUGCUCCAUACAUGAUCAACGUACUGGAACAUCCAACAGGACCACUAUGACAGCUACAGUAGGACUGGUCAUCCACGCUGCUGUUCCCUACCCAUCCUUGCUUUGCAGGGAGAUGAUGUCAUCGUACAACAACCAUGCUCGCCAUGGAAACGGGUCUGCUGCCUCUGUGGACAACGCACAGAGGCUUGAUAAGAACGCCUCGAGCCAGUGA